AUGCAUAUUGAAAAUAAAUCAAGUAAGAUUAUCAGCGAAUUCAUAACAUAAUUUCCAGAAGAAAGAAGAAAUAGUGUCAUAAAUUUUCUAUUAAUUCUUGGAUUUGAUAUAGCUAGAAAAUUAGGAUAAAACAAUUAAACAGAAUUGUUUUAAACAAUGAAAUAGUUAUCAAGUAUAAAUUUAUUCAAAUAAUAAUUAUAGAAUUUAUCAUUAAUGAUUGUACUUAAAAUGGCCAAACUGAAUUAAGAGAAGAAAUAAAAAAGAUUUAGCAAUAAUUAGUUUAACUUAAUUCAUUAUUCAAUAAUAGUGAAAAUGAAUAAAUCUAAUCCAAAAGCCAAGAUAUGCAUUAAAAUCAACUCUAAACUAAACCAUUAUAUAUCCAUAACAGAUUUUAUACUCAAAAUGAUAUGGAAGAUUAAAUAAAUUCAAGAAUGAGAGAAGAACAAUUAAAUAGUACGAAUUCAAAAAAUUAAUUCAAACCUGCCAAAAGAAAUAAUAUCAAUAAAUCACCAUUUUAACAAAAUAAUAAUAAUUUAACUGCUAAAAUUACUGAAUCUCCACCUCCUCCUAUGAUUUACUAAAAUACUGCAAGCAACAAAUUUAAUAUUAAACCUCAUCUAGAUGAUCAUUAAAUGUAAUAAUAAUUCAUUUAUUUUUUUAAGUAAAUAGUUACUAUAUUCUUAAAAUGAGAAAGUUUAUUAAGAUGAUUUCGAUUCCAUUUCUAAUAGAGGUCAUCAAUACAAUCAAUCUCCAAAAUCUAUUAAAUAUACAUUAAAUAUUUAAAACUUUGGUACGAUUAAGAAUAAUUAUAGACAAUUUAGGUUAAAGAUUUUAAACCCAUGAAACUAAUAAAAAAAUUAAACCUUAAUAAACUUCCAAUAGUAGUAGAUAAAAAAAAAAAGUUCCUGCAUAUCUAUAAAAUGUUGAAUCUAAAAUAAAACAUAAAUUAGAUUAAGAUAAAUAAGCAUUUAAAAAUUAAAAAAGUAAAUAUUUUUAGUAUUUUAAGAUUUCGAUGAUGAUGAUAAUUCUUAUUAUAAUUAUAAAAUGUUAUCAACUUAGUAAAUGACUGCAAAUUUUUAAAAUAAUAAUAAUAAUUUUAUCCGUCCAAGUUAAGAAUCAGAUACUUAUUAUGAGAUUUAAUAAUAUUUGAUUAACUAAUAAAACUAAAAUUAUCACCUUUCACCUGUAUAGGAAAUGAAAACUGAUAAUGAAAUUAUAUCAAACAAAAAAAAAACUUAAAAUUUUAGUGAUAAAAUUAAAAGUUCAUUAAAAAGUUCAUAAGAAACAAGAAAUCUAAGAUAAAAUCAGCAAUAAAAUUUUUUCGAAAAACAUGAAAACUUGCCUUAUUAAAAUUCCAUAACUCCUAUAUAAGUAUCUGAUUUUUAAAUGAGUAAAUAAUAAUCAGAUUUAAGUUUUGAAGCUUUUAGAAAAAAAGCCUAAUUUACUUCUCCAUAUGUAUGAAUCUAAAUUUAUUUUAGGCUGUAUCUUUAUAAUAAAGUUCUUAACAAAUUCAUACAGCAUAAAAACCUUAAAGAAAUGAUGAAGAAAGUAGUGAAAGUUUUUCAAAUUUUACACCACCUAACAAGGAAAUUAGUGAAUUUUUAUCAAAAUAAUGCAUUUAUUUAGACUAAGAUUGA